AACAGAGAGUCACCUGACAGAGAGGACUGGGACAUUAUAAAAAUGUCAGAAGCUGUUCUUUUUUAUUUCUUUUCUUGGGUCAUUUUUCUCCAGCUCAAGAGAAGGGAGAAGUAACCCAGCAUGUCGGAGCCGGGUGAGGCAGGGGAUACUGCCUAUCUUCCUGAACACAGAUGGUCCCCCAAGAACUCCCUAGGAAAGGGAAAGGGGCAGGGCUGAGUCUAAUAGUGACUGAUUUUAAAGACACUGGAAAUGCAGAGACCAUAUAUAGACUAUGAGAGCACUCCCAGAUUUCACCAGAUUGCAGAGAACAGUAUUCCUCCACUUUAGCAUGAAAAAGUUCUAAAAAAAAAAAUUCAAGCUAAACAAGCUCUCUUCAGCGCCUCAAGUUUCCUUUCCUGAUACCCAGUGAUGGAAAACAGAAGCAGCAGGAUCAGUGACCUGCUCAUACAUGCCCUCAACAACCUCUCUCAGGAAGAGUUCAAAAGAUUUAAAGACAAAUUAUCACACUGUGACUUUGAGGGGAAAGGUAACAUCCCCCGAGGUCGGAUGGAGAAUGCUGAUGCAAUAGAUACGAAGAACCUCCUGAUGGCAUUCUAUGGUGGAGACGCUGCAGUAGAUGUGACCAUAGAAGUUUUCAAUCACCUCAAUCUCAGAGAAGCUUCUGCUAACCUCAGAGAAGAAAGAAAGAACGCUUUAUGUCCUAAACAAACACCUGGAAGACCAGAUUACAGGGUGAAAUAUAGAGAACACAUACAAAACAAGUACAGAAUAAUAAAAGACUUGAACUCUCGUCUUGGUGAGAACGUGACUUUAAACAGCAGAUACACAAAGCUGAUUAUUGUAAAGAAACAUUGUCACAAAAAGGAAAGAGAACAUGAAAUAAUGACCUUGGGAUGGAGACAUGAAGAAAUAAUGACUAAGCGAGCUAGUUCUAUCACCCUGGGUAAUUUAUUUAAAUGUGAUGAAGAUGGACAAACACCACAAAUUGUUGUGCUGCUAGGAGCUGCAGGGAUUGGAAAAACAAUGACAGCAAGAAAGAUUAUGUUUGACUGGGCAGCUGGAGAGCUUUAUAAAGAAAAGUUUGAUUAUGCUUUCUACAUAAAUUGUAGGGAAGUGAACUUUGGCAGUGAGCAAGGAAGAAUUGCUGAUUUGAUUUUAAAGAAUUGUCCUAAUAAAAAUGCACCAGUUGAAGAGAUUUUGAUAAAUCCAGAGAAACUCCUGUUUAUAAUUGAUGGUUUUGAUGAAUUGAGAUUUUCCUUGGAUCAGCCAGAAGACAGUCUAUGCUCUGAUCCCUGUGAGAAGCAGCCAAUGGAAAUUACAUUGAGCAGUUUACUUCGGAAAACUGUUCUUUUUGAAUCCUAUGUAAUAAUCACUACGAGACCAACUGCUCUGGAGAAACUCAGACAGUGUUUGGAAUGUGCACGUUAUGCAGAGAUCUUGGGGUUUUCUGCAGCUGAGCGGGAGGAAUAUUUCCACAAGUUUUUUGGGAAUGAAGAAAAAGCAAGAAAGGCCUUUAACUUUGUCAAAGAAAAUGAAAUGCUCUUCACCAUGUGCUUUGUCCCCAUUGUAUGUUGGAUAAUUUGCACGGUUCUGAAACAACAGAUGGAAGCAGGUGAAGAUCUUGCACAAACAUCCAAAACAAUCACUGGUGUAUAUAUGCUCUAUCUUUUCAGUUUAUUAAAGGGUCACAGCAGCAAUUCAAAGAAGCACACACCAGCUAACUUGAAGGGACUUUGCUCCUUGGCUGCAGAUGGAAUCUGGAGGCAGAAAAUACUCUUUGGGGAAGAAGAAAUCAAGAAGCACGGCUUAGAUGUAUCUGACUCUCUCUUUCUGAAUGAGAACAUGUUUCAAAAAGAUAUUGACUGUGAGUGUGUCUACAGCUUCAUUCACUUGAGUUUUCAAGAGUUUUUUGCAGCUUUGUUUUACGUGUUGGAGAAAGAAGAAACAACAACCGUGGAAGAUUCAGGAAGUGCUAUGAACAAUGUGAAAAAAUUGUUAGAAAACUAUGGAAAAUCUAGAAAUUACUUAAUGUUAACAGUGCGAUUCUUGUUUGGUCUCUUAAAUGAAGAGAGAAUGGAGGACAUGGAGAAAAAACUUAGCUGCAAAAUUUCUCCCAAAAUUAAACCAGAUUUACUACAGUGGGUUAAAACAAAACCAAAAAUAUCGUCUUUGUCCCUGGAGUCUGAGGAGCUGUUCUUGGAGCCUGAUGAGGAGUUGUCAUCCUUUAAACGUAAUGCUGAGAUGAUUUAUCAGCUUGAGGAGUUUCACUGUUUGUAUGAAAUUCAAGAAGAGAGUUUUGUGCAAAGUGCACUCAAUCGCUUCACUGAGCUGUAUUUAGCUGAAUAUAAUUUUACCAAAAUGGACCAAGUGGCUCUUUCAUUCUGUCUAAAAAACUGUCGUAAGCUGGAGACGCUCUAUCUAAAUCUGUGCAUGUUUGGAUUUGAAGACCCGAAUGAAGAUUCCCUACGGCCACCCAAGCAGCCACGUUUGGAACAGCACUGGGAUGAGCCGACAUGUUCACCUAUUUACCUGCUCUGUCAAGCAUUGAAGGAUCCAAACUGUAAAUUAAAGAAACUAAAGCUUACUAACGGCCAUCUUACCAACGCUUGUUAUAGGGAUCUCUCUUCUGCUCUCAGUACCAAACAGACCCUGACUGAGCUGGACCUGUCAAUGAACAACCUGGGAGACUCGGGUGUGAGAUUACUAUGUGAAGGACUGAACCAUCCAACCUGCAAACUGCAGAGACUGGGGCUUUCUAACUGCCAUCUCACGGCCGUGUGUGGUGGGGAUCUCUCCUCUCUUCUCAGCACCAAACCCACCCUGACAGAGCUGGACAUAGGGGAGAACAACCUGGGGGAUUCAGGAGUGCAGCUGCUGUGUGAGGGACUGAAACAUCCACACAGCAAACUGCAGAAGCUGCGGUUGAUGAAUUGUGGUCUGACAGCCAGUUCCUGUGGGAAUCUCUCCUCUGUUCUCAGGGCCAAACCGACCCUGACUGAGUUGGAUCUUGUGCUGAACAACCUGGGAGAGGCAGGAGGAAUGAAGCUGCUGUGUGAAGGACUGAAACAUCCCGACUGCAAACUGCAGAAACUGAGGUUGAUGGGUUGCCAGCUCACAGCUGCUUGUUGUGAGGAUCUCUCCUCUGUUCUCAGUAUCAACCAGACGCUGACCGAGUUGGAGCUGAGGGGGAACCUCCUUAGAGAUUCAGGAGUGCAGCUGCUGUGUGAGGGACUGAAGCAUGCAAACUGCAAGCUGCAGAAACUGGGGUUGAAAAAUUUCCUUCUCACAGAUGCUUGCUGUGAGGAUCUCGCAGCUGUUCUCAGCAUCAGUGAUAGCCUGACAGAGCUGGAGCUGGGUAUUGACUAUCUAAGAGAUUCUGGAGUGCAGUUGCUGUGUGAGGGACUGAAACACCCAAAUUGCAAACUGCAGAAACUGGGGUUGUGGGGUUGUGAUCUCACAGCUGAUUGUUGUGGGGAUCUCUCCUCCGCUCUCAGCACUAGCCAGUACUUGACAGAACUGGAACUGGGGUAUAACGAACCUGGAGAUUCCGGAGUGCAGCUGCUGUGUGAGGGAGUGAAACAUCCAAACUGCAAACUGCAGAAACUAGGGUUGGAGCAUUGCAGUCUAACUGCUGCUUGUUGUGGUGGUCUCUCCUCUGCGCUAAGCAUGAACCAGCACCUGACCGAGCUAGAUAUAGGGAGAAACAAACUGGGAGAUACAGGCGUGCAGCUGCUGUGUCAGGGACUGAAACAUCCCAACUGCAAACUACACAAAAUAAGCUUGGGCUAUCAGAGUGUAACUGAGGAAACCCAGGCGGAGCUGGAUGCUGUGAAAGACACAAAACCUGAUCUGGUCAUAGAGAUAUGGUAGGGCUGGUGAGUGGGAGCCACGGAACGAGCAAGGCUCUGAACUGGCUGCCCUCUCACUAGCUGAGGAAGCAGGCUUUUAAGGGGGAUCCCAGCAACAUAUUUCAGCAUCUGUGGUACAGGGCUGAGUAGAGAUUGUCAGGCCCAGCACUCCUGCCUGAGUGUGAGAGGCUCAGGAGUAGGAGCUGGAUUUGCUCCAUGCUUGGUCUGACCUCAGAAGGGAUAGCUGGUUUGUGGGGGGAGGGAGUGGGAGGGAGGAUGCAGAUCAGGGCCCAAGUGUGGGAUCAUGAAAGAUCUGGUAACCUCCCUUUUCAGUCUCCCUACAUGCAGGAGGGAGACUCAAGAACCAUCCUCAGAUCCAGAGGGGAAUUGUCACUCUGUUACAACAGCUCAGUCACUGUUGUUUGUGUAUUUAUAAAAGUCUUGUAGUUUUACGCAAUUCCACAGCAACUAAGCCGGCAUUUUCCAUAUUACAUCUCCAGCAUUUGUUUGUCCCGGCUGUACGUUUCUGUGUCAGUUUUGUUGAGUCCAGUAAAGAUCAUGAACCAAGAAAUAAUGCUGUCCUUUAGAGUUUGUAUCUCUUGCCAUAGUUUCUGUGAAUGCACAAGAAUUCUCCAGGCCUAGGAGAGCCCUCAGGGAUGGUUCCUCAGAGAUAUAUAUUUUUCAUGGUUCCUGUUUCUUAUCCAUUAUGGUCAACACCUUCAGAAGCUCAUGCAGGCAAAAUCAGAGUGACUUUUAAUUUCUCUGGGCUUUUGUCAGAAAGCUGGUGUAGGUGACCCCUAAGAACUCUGAAUGGCCACCUGGGAGCAGAGAUCAAAGGUGCAGGACAGGGAGAUGGUUAAGUUUAUGGCAUAUCCUUGGCAUUUUCAAAAGCCCUAUAGUAAGUCCUAUGUGCCCAAACAGAAGCUACUGCUCUAGUGAUACCUGAUGCAACAACCUUCUACAGCCAUAGUCCUCAUUCAGCUAGCUCUCUCCCAAUUCUGGCUCCUCUUUCACCGACAAUGUCUCUUCUUCCCCCCCCCCCCCCCCCCCAAAAAAAGCUUGAACUCUCCCCUUCAGCUGAUAAAUGGCUGAAGACUGACUGCCUCUUGAAGCAAGGUCAAUGAACUUUGGGAGAGAGGCUUGUCAAAGCUUUACUGGACUCUAAAGGCUGGGGUAGAGAACCCCCUAAGUUAUCCAUCACUGGACAGACACAAAGGAGUAGAGCUCUUGCAAGCUGAGAAAGUUGGGCCCUUCAGCCAAGGGGGUUGAAGUCUCUCUGGGAACAGAACAUCGGUGAGAAACUUGCUUAGGCAAUGAUCUUUCACCUAGGAAGACAAGGGAAACCUGCACCUUAUAUUUCUUGAGGAAGUCUCUGACAGAGAGAGAGUUGGCUGGAAAGAAAAAGACUGGUAAGAAAUCGACCUUGAACCAAGGCUUUAGCUUGCUGAGUUAAGCCUUAGCCACUAGAAAGUGUAUUUCACUUUUGUUUGUUUGUAACCCUUUCUAGCUUUAUUCCUUCUAUUGGGUGUUGCUUAACCUGUGACUUUUGUUUAAUAAACUUGCUUUACUUUGAAUGUAAACCAA